AUGAACCUGGAGCGAUGUCUCCAAGGGACAGACUCUGGUUUAGAUCUGAGGCUGGUGAAUGGAAGUGACCCGUGCCAGGGUCGAGUGGAGAUCCUGUACCGAGGCUCCUGGGGCACCGUGUGUGACGACAGAUGGGAUCUAAAUGACGCUGAUGUGGUCUGUAGGCAGUUAGGCUGUGGCUGGGCCCAUUGGGCCCCUGGACAUGCCCAGUUUGGUCAGGGGUCGGGUCCAAUCGUCCUGGAUGAAUUGCGCUGCUCAGGAAACGAGUCCUCCCUGUGGAGCUGCCCCCACAAUGGCUGGCUCUCACAUGACUGUGUUCACAGGCAGGAUGCUGGUGUCAUCUGCUCAGGUAGGCCUCAAAGACUCCUGGACCACUCUCUUAUCAUCUGUGAUACCUGCUUUACAAUAAACCUGCAACUAAUUUUGCUUUCUCUUCCAGCUUCUCAGCCGGCAUCACCACCUGGGCCAGAUGUGACAGUGAACACAAGUUACACCACAGCGCAAACAAAUUCUAGUUUGGCUCUGAGGCUGGUGAAUGGAGGUGACCGGUGCCAGGGCCGCGUGGAGAUCCUGUACCGAGGCUCCUGGGGCACAGUGUGUGACGACAGCUGGGACACCAAUGAUGCCAACGUGGUCUGCAGGCAGCUUGGCUGUGGCUGGGCCGUAUCGGCUCCGGGAAGUGCCCGGUUCGGUCAGGGCACAGGACCGAUUGUACUGGACGAUUUGCGCUGCUCAGGACACGAGUCGUUCCUGUGGAACUGUCCCCAUAGAGGCUGGCUCUCCCAUAACUGUGGACACAGUGAGGACGCGGGUGUCAUCUGCUCAGCUGUCCCCACAGUGGCUGACUCUCCCACAACUGUGGACACAGGGCAGAUGCUGGUAUCGUCGGCUCAGUUGAACCUCUUGGAUCAAAGACUCUUGGACCACUCUCU